AUGGCGAAGAAAAUGAGAGACGCAUCCAAGUACUUGCUGUUGCCACCGCUGCUGAACUUAGUGGUUUUCGCAAGGUUGGCCAUGUGUUUCAAAGAGUACAGUCCACCACUACCGACAGCGCAAAAACUACAGCUGGUGUACUCCUGGAAGUCCACCGACUUUGCUUUUGAUAGCGAGGCGGACCUUGAGGCUGCCAUCAAAAAUGGCACGUACCGACCUGGAGCUGCUUUACCGAUUGACGUCGACGUGUAUUACGGUAAAAGCGGUGCCAAGGUUUUCGUCACGAUGCCUCGCCUGGAGCGAGGGAUACCAGCAACGCUGGGCUACGUACUCGAUGAGCUGUCCGACAACGGCCAGCCCCUGAUUAGCCCUUUUCCCAACUGGAACUGGAACACCCUUAGAGACGACUGCGACUCUCUUACGAGUGUUUUCAGGGUUCAGAUAGACGAGUGUGACAGGCUGUGGGUGCUCGACACCGGGGUUUUGGGGGAAAGUAGGCUCUGCCCGCCCCAGCUGCUCUCCUUCUCGCUAAAGACCAACAAACUGCUGAGCCGCUAUCGUUUCCCCACCGAUCAAUACGAGUACUACAGAUCACUGCUCGUGACGCUCGUCGUUGACAUAAGGAUCGAGCCCUACGCGGCUGACAAGUCGUGCCGCGACACCUUCGUCUACGUGGCCGACAUCACGGCUUUCGGGCUGAUCGUCUACGAUCACGCCUCGGUUCGCUCCUGGAAGAUCAUCAAUAACCUUUUCUACCCGUAUCCCCAGCACGGGACCUUCUACAUACAGGGCGAGAUCUUCGAUCUCAUGGAUGGCAUUAUCGGGAUGGCCCUCGGUCCCGUCCAACCCGACGGUGACAGGACCCUGUACUUCCACUCCCUUGCGAGUCGCGUCGAGUCUCACGUGCCAACGUCCAUCAUUAGGAACUACACGCUGUUUCACGACAACCCGUACGCGGCACCACGUGCCUUCGAAGCCUUUCCCAUGGAAAGGUCCUCGCAGUCAGCGGCCCAAGCAAUGGACCGCAACGGCGUCCUAUAUUUUGGUCUGAUGAGUGACUUGGCCAUCGGGUGCUGGAACAGCAAGCAGUUUCCCGAGUUUGGGGGCCGCAACAUUCAUAAUGUCGUUGUCAACGAAGAGACGCUGCAGUUUGCCUCCGGUGUGAAGGUCGUAAAUGACAAUGGCCUACAAGUGCUGUGGGUUCUGACCUCUUCUUUUCAUCGAUACACGAGCGGUAGCCUCAAGAUCAACGAGACGAACUUUCGGAUCCAAGCAGCCUUUACCCAAGAGCUAGUGCGCGGUACCAAGUGCGACUUUGACGCUCGGGAUAUUUACAACAGCGGCUGGCAGAAGCCGCUCAACAGGUUACCAACGAUAGAUUGA